CAUAGGCCAAGAGCAGCAGCAGCAGCGCACACAUUGAAGGCGAAAGCGACGCGCGACAGGCAGACGGCAGUCUGACAGUCGGGACAGACAGAUAGAAGAAAUCGACGAAAACGAUUGAUUCCCGGUGGCGGUGCUGAAAGAGGCGCCGAUCUGUGGUGGCACUCUCGCGUGUCCGUGCCUGUGUCCGUGCCCGCGACCGCACAUCUCGACCCAUUCGUCCCAUCCAUAGGAACAUAGCGAACGGAGUUGCUGCUGCCCCACAAGGGACAAGGCUAGUCCAUGCUCACCAUGGAGUCGGAUGACUCACGCGCCAGCACGAACCCAUCCAACUCAAGCGAGUCACGCUCGAACUCACCCAUAAAGGAAACGGGUGGUGGUGCGGACGAGGACGCGUCUAGCCAUGCGGCGGAUGUGACAUCCAGCGCCGCUGCAUCGGCCGCCGCCGCUGCUGCAAUGAACAGAUCCCGAAGGGCGGACUCCACGAGCAGCUCCUCAUCGAACUCAAGCUCCAGCUCGAACCGCAGCCAAAGGUCAAAGUUGCAGAACAAGAGCUCGAGCAGCAGCUCGGGCAGCGUCAGUGAUAGCAGCAGUAGCAGCAGUUCCGGCAGCGAGGACGAAGCGGACCCAGAACCAGAUCGUGCGGUGAACGAGCGGCCGCGUGACCGAGAGGAGACCACCACCGACUCGAGACCCGACUCGAGGCCCGACUCAGUGCCACCGACGGCUGGGGGCAGUGUUGGCUCACCGAAUGCCGGCACCAAAUCACCGCAAAACUCGCUCCUCUCCUCCGUGAGAAGUCACAGCAAUAGCCCGCAGUUGUACAAUCAGGCGGCUGUGGAUCUCAACAUUAGCCACGAGGAUCUGAGUGAUGUGAGUGAAAUUGACACAGACGAGAAGCGGGCGUCGUCGAAAAACUCACUCCAUCCCGAUGUAGAUGAUGAUGACGGGGCCAUUUCCAAUGAUACACUGCCAGGUCUGCGCGAUGAUAAUGAGGAUGCUGACGCUGACGCUGAUGCCGCUGCCGCUAACGACGGGAAGCUGAACGGCAAGGCUCCACGGAUAAACAGUCCGCUGGAGAGAGGAGCAUCACCCACUGAAUCAAAUACUGAGGACAGCACUAAUGGCAGGGAAGCGCCGCCGUCGACGGGUCUGCAGGAGGAGGAUCUUGUCAAGACACACGACGACGAUGCCCUCGACUUUGAGGCGGAGGAGGGCGAGUGUCCGGACAUAGCCAGAGACAGGGACGAGGAUCGUGAACGGGAUCGGGAUCGGGCCAAUGCCGAUGGCAAAGCCAAUCAAACAAACACCACAUCCAAGGGCAACUCAUCGUCACCCACAUCCACGUCCAAUCGACACUCGGACGAUGACGAUGGCGAAGUGGAGGGUGGCGACAAGGAGAUCGAAGAUGGCCGCGUUGUUGGCGAUGACGAUAAAAAUGGCACACUGGAGGUGGACAGCGCCACAGAAAUUGCCGCCGCUGCCAAAAAGAAAAAGGACGAGGAGGAGCUGGAGGAGGGCGAGGUGUCCGAUGAGGAUGAGAAACGGCCCGAGGAAACAGAACCGAAGCCCAUCUGUAGGUUUUACACGCGUGGCCAGUGCACCUGGGGCAUGAGUUGUCGCUUCCUGCAUCCCGGUGUCACCGACAAGGGCAACUACACAAUGUUCGAGGGUCUCGUGCGAUCUGUGCCCAUGCAGGGCAGUAGCGGUGGUGGUGGCAGCGGUGGCGGCGGCGGAGGUGGUGGCGGUCCUGGUGGUGGCGGUGGCGGCAGCAGCGGUAUUUCUGCCCCGCGACCCGUCAGUGCAUAUGCCCCACAUGCCGCAUCGCCGGCCGACUAUCACGAUUAUCGGAACGAGAGGCCGCCGCUGCAUCAUCGACCGCCGACGGUGCAUCAUGCGCCGAGCAUGUAUGCGAACCAUCAUGAGGCGAGGCCUGUUCUCCUGCCAGAUGGGCCCGUGGUGGUGGAGAAUGCCUGGGAGCGGGGACUGCGAACGGCCAAGGAAAUGAUGCGGAAGGCGAACAAGCGGAAGGAGCAGGAUAUGGACUUUGAGGACAAGAAAAUGAACCUAACCCUCUCGCCCGACGAGCUUGAGAAGGACCCGUACUACCUCAAGGAACGUGGGAACAACAGCAGCCCGUCCGGCUCACCGACACCAGCACCGGUGCGUGAGCAGCAACUUGCACUUCCACUACCCAUGCAUCUACCAGCUUCAUCUACUGGCAGUCAUGCUAAUUCCCGCGCUCUCUUCCCCUUGCAGUACCCAAUGUACGGUCCACCGGCGCCAGAGCGUUACGGCCGGCAGCAGUAUAUGCCGAUGCCUUACGAGGAUGUCGAUGCGUAUGGCAGAAUGACCAGAUAUCGGGAGCUACCGCCACAUCGAAUGCCACACUAUGAGGAUGAUCGUCGGCUGCGUCCCGCACGGGAGGUGAUCGUGCAGCGUGUGGAGUCUGCCGGUGGCAGGGGCGACGAGUGGAGCGAUCCCUGGAUGAGAUCCAAAUCGAUGGGACGUGGCUCGUACGAUCGGGAAGAUCGUCGCAGACGUGACCGCAGGAGCUACACAUCCAACACAUCAUAUUCCAGUUCAAACAGUUCUCAGAGCGACUCCAGCUCGGAUUCGUCUCGUUCCAGCAGUGCCUCGGAUCACAAGCGCCGUGGCGGCGGAGGUGGUGGCGCUGGAGGCUACGGCGGUGGCGGCGGCGCCGGCGGCGGCGGGGGCGGUGGCUCGCACAAGGUGCCUGCCUCUGCUAGACGGCCGCCAGCAGGACGAGCGGUGCGUUCGCCCAGCCAGAUACCGCGUCGACGACGAAACUCGACCAAGGCAAGCCCCUCACCGUCCUACAAGAGAGGAGCUGGCCUGGAAAAGCGUACCAGUCCCGCCUCGAAGCGGAAGAAGGUCUCAUCGCCUUCGCCCAAGAAAUUCGACAAGAGGAGGCGAGGUCGCAGCUCCACAUCCUCGGAAUCAGAUUCCUCGGAUACCUCGUAUUCAGAUUCAGAAUCGGGAUCUUCAUCGUCUACCACAUCGUUGGAGUCACCGCAGAAGCGGAUACGGGCCACAGACAAGGCGCUCAACGAGCGUAAAUUAAUUAAAAAGCCCGCUGAACAAGCGACCAAAAAACGUUCGCCGAUUUCCAUUGAGAUUAAGAAGCCAUCGACCAUGGUGGGGGUAUCCGCGCUGGCAUCGCCAAUCCACUCAGGCGAAACGGACAAGCAUGGUCAUUCACCCACCAAGGAUAAGAUCAAGGAAAAGGACAAGGAUAAGGACAAGGACAAGGACACGGAUAAGGAUGGCGGCGGCAAGCAUUCAAGAAGGGAAGAGCUGCUCAAGCAGCUGCGUGCCGUCGAGGAUGCGAUUGCCAAGAAGCGAUCAAAGCUCACCUGAUUGCCACUGGCACCACCACCACUGGCAACACCAACACCUACACCUAUCCUCCUUAUUGCUCUUGUCGUAUUAGUCAUUGUUGCCCAACUUAUACUUUUACUUCCAGUACAAGAACCAAACCCAAACCCAAAACCAAAUCCAAGCCGAUUCGCUUGUAAUCUCCGGAAGCAGCAGUGGAGGCGGCCACACUCCCUUAUUAUGAUUACGAAAGAGCAAUGGUCAUCAAGCGAUCAUUAUUUACAAGAUAUACUACAUAGAUGUUAUGCUACAUUCGCAUCGUAUUCGUUAUUCGAUUUGAUUGCUGGCCGGUUCCCCUUAGAGCCCAGUUGAGCUCAAUUCAAACUACCAUACACUUUACAGUGCAUUUAGACUUAAAAACGAAGAAAAACAAUCACUCUUUCUGCUCUCAGCCCCCCUUUUUUUUUUUUCUCACCGCCUUGACUACCACCAAGAAAUGAUGGAACAUUUAAUUAAUUGUUUAUAAUAGGUCUUAAAUAAAGUCUAACACUUAAAAUGUUCUUCAAUGUUCUCUCGGAA